GCCGCAGCCAUCACUGGGAGCUACGAUGGAUCCUGAGUGUCCUCAGUUUCAAGUUUCGGAAACGGCUGCAAUUACAGAUCAGCUGACAAAAUCCGAAACUCUAAAUGCUGGAGGCCAGAGGUACCCUGGUCGAUCCCUCUUUGGUACAACGUUGGAUAGCAAAGGUUUCUACAAAGGGUUAUCAGAAGAAGAACAAAAAGUUGCCACUGUGCCAAGCGAUGCAAAACCAGAUAAUCUGUUGGAACAGCACAAGUGCAAGCCUGAAUCUGUAAAUAUUACUAAAUCUGGGAAUUGCCUUGAUUUAUUGAGAACGACGAGCCCAAAAUCCAGAAAUACCAAUGGCACCAAACGGGAUGUUAGGGACGACAGCUCUGAACCAAAGAGAUCUCUUAAAACAUCUCUUGAUGGAAGAAUCACUGGGCGGCAAAUUGACAGAGAAAGAUCUGUGCCUUGCACACCUAGUGCGAUGACCGAUGGCACACAGUCACCAUUGUGUGAGGCUCUGCAGCAGCCCCCCAGUCAAGAAGUCGAAUGUAUAAUUCCCCAAAAUAUUAAGCACAAGUUUAGAACCCAUGUUGUGGAUGAGCUGCUAACGGAUGAUGAGGUUAGGGAGUUCUUGAGGGAAAAAGAGGUGCCAGCAAAGAGGUCGGAUUCGGAGGUUCCCUCAGUACAACCACAGGAGCAACCUACUGAUGAAAUAAGUUGGUAUGAAAAGAUAGGCUAUCCUCUCCGAUGCAACAUCUUUCCAGGUUUCUCGGGUAAAUGGCAGAGCGAGGUACAAUCUACCUACACGAAGGAGGUACAUCACCGUUUCAAACGCAGCCCAGACCACUGGCAUGGUAGAACGACUGAUCAUUUGGGUCACUGGGUUGAGAUGAAUAUUAUCCAUCAGAAAUUGAAGAAAGCAUUAGGGGAGCUGGAGAAACAUUCGGAGAAUUGAAACUACCAAGGACCGAAAACAAAGAAAACGCAACCACACCUUAUUUGUUUUUGUGCAAUUGAAAAUAAUUUGGUUUUAGUCUUAAUUUGCCCUAAUUGAAAAUAAUUGUGAAAGUUCACUCCAGCAGACAUUGGUCUUUGAGUGGAGAAGAGCUGUUAGAGUAACCCUGAAUCCAAUGACUCCAUUCCUAUAUCCAUUGGACCACCAGGAUAUACAUUGCUUGUUCCUUGGAGCCUAUGAAGUCCCUAUUAUCCUUUCCAUCUACUUUAGAAAGGCAGAAAUCUGACUUGAUCCAUCCCAAGAUCUUUUGGCUCCAGAAUUUAAAUGAGCCAUCAACGUAAAAUAAGAUAUG